AUGGCUUUCCGCGCCGCCGCUAGAAGAGUCGCCCUCGCCCGCCCCGCGGCCCCGGCCGCCAGGGCGUUCAGCUCCACGCCCCGCGCCUUCGUCAAGGUCGGCGACUCGGUCCCCGACGCGCCGUACCUCGUCGAGAACUCGCCCGGCAACAAGGUCAACCUGGCCGAGGAGUUCGCCAAGGUCAAGACGGGCAUCAUCAUCGGCGUGCCGGCCGCCUUCUCGCCCGCGUGCUCGGCCACCCACGUCCCCUCGUACAUCAACCACCCCAAGCUCAAGGAGGCCGGCCCCGUCUUCGUCGUGUCGGUCAACGACCCCUUUGUGAUGAAGGCUUGGGGCGAGCAGCUGGACCCUGCACACGACAGCGGCAUCCGUUUCUUGGGCGACCCGGCUGCCGAGUUCACCAAGACGCUUGAUGUCCAUUUCGAAGAGAGUGUUCCCAUCUUCGGCAACCUCCGUGGCAAGAGAUACACUCUUGUCAUCGAGGACGGCAAGGUCAAGGAGGCCCACGUUGAGCCCGACAACAUCGGCACCAAGGUCUCUCUGGCCGACAAGACUCCGAGUCUCGUCGUUUCCACUUGCGGAAACCUCCCCUCGCCUCCACCCAAAGUCGGCACGAUUCCUCCCACCACCAGGAAGCGAAAGGCCGCUGAGGCGACGAUAUCCUCCAAAUCCCAAGACGUUUUGCCCAACAAGAGGAUCGCCUCGGCUGCCACUCAGGACGCCCCCCCAACACCUGUCACUACUGCAAGCAACGGUAUGGAUUCCGAGGAGGAUUUCAUGUCCGCUCUCUCCAGCGAGGACGAGAUCAUGCAAGACGACAGCGGCGACGACAUGUCGGGUCCUGACGACUUCGACGAGGACGACUUCGAUGACGAGCCCGACGUCGACCUCGGCAUAGUCAAGGACUCGGACAGCAAGAAGAAGGUGGCCUACGACAUUACCUACAAAGUCUACGAGCCCAAAGACAUCCAAGCCCAACAGGAUGACAUGAUUGACGAGGUUAACAUGAUCCUCAACAUCCGCAAGGAAGAUGUCGCGAUAUUGUUGCGGCACUUCAGGUGGAACAAGGAACGUCUGAUCGAAGAUUACAUGGACACUCCCAAUAAGGUUCUGGAGGCUGCCGGUCUUGGGUCCAACGUCACCGGCCCGCCAAAACUGGAGGCCAUCCCGGGAUUCAUGUGCGACAUCUGCUGCGAGGACGAGGACGGUCUCCAGACGUUUUCUUUGAAGUGUGGUCACCGGUACUGCGUAGACUGCUACCGCCACUACCUAACCCAGAAGAUCCGCGAAGAGGGCGAGGCUGCACGCAUCCAGUGCCCCACCGAGGGCUGCGGCCGCAUCAUCGACUCCAAGUCCCUCGAUCUUCUCGUCACCCCCGAGCUCGCCUUACGAUACCACGAACUGCUGAACCGAACAUAUGUAGAGGACAAGGAUGCCCUCAAGUGGUGUCCUGCGCCGGACUGUCCGAAUGCCAUCGAGUGUGGCAUCAAGAAGAAGGACCUCGACAAGAUCGUCCCAACAGUAGCUUGCGGAUGCGGGCACCGCUUCUGUUUCGGCUGCAUACUAAACGACCACCAACCCGCUCCCUGCGAGCUUGUCAAGAGAUGGCUAAAGAAAUGUGCCGAUGACUCGGAAACGGCGAACUGGAUUUCGGCGAACACAAAGGAGUGUCCCAAGUGCAAUUCGACGAUCGAGAAGAACGGAGGCUGCAACCACAUGACCUGCAGGAAAUGCAAGCACGAAUUUUGCUGGAUGUGUAUGGGUCUGUGGUCAGAGCACGGCACCAGCUGGUACAACUGCAACCGUUUCGAGGAGAAAAGCGGCACCGAAGCUCGCGAUGCCCAGGCGAAGUCCAGGAUAUCGCUAGAGCGCUACCUGCACUACUAUAAUCGAUACGCAAACCACGAGCAGUCAGCCAAGCUGGACAAGGACAUAUACCAUAAGACAGAGAAGAAGAUGGUACAGCUCCAGACCGCCUCGGGAAUGUCUUGGAUUGAGGUGCAGUAUCUCAACCAGGCGUCUCAGACACUGCAAACAUGCCGUCAGACCCUCAAGUGGACCUACGCCUUUGCCUUCUAUCUUGCUCGCAACAAUCUUACGGAGAUUUUUGAAGACAACCAGAAGGACCUGGAGAUGGCCGUCGAGGCCCUGUCAGAAAUGUUCGAGAAGCCGGUCACGGAGCUUUGCGACAAGAAGUUGAAGGUCGACAUCAUGGACAAAACGUCGUACUGUAAGAAGCGGCGCAUCAUUCUCCUCGAGGACACCGCGGACAACCUGGCCAAUGGUCGUUGGACCUUUAACGUCGAUCUCAUCAACCUGCCGACAGGUGCCGCCACAAGCAGCAGUCGCCGCUGA